UUUUACUGCCAAUGCUCGCCAAAGCCAGACAACGGCGGCUAUCAAAAGCUUAUUUCACUGCCUCAGAAAGGCGCAAAACAUUCUCUUCUCUCUCGUUGGAUUGGCGACGUCCUUUAAGCCAAAAGCUACCUUCACCGAGAAAUGGCUCACGACAUCGGAAUUCCUGGCUGGACUGGCCAGAGAGCUAAAGCAUGCAAAACCCUCCUCCACGACUGCCUGAAAAUGGUGGUUGGCACAGAAACGGAUACAGAGCUUGGAGCGCUCAUCGAAUCCGUCAAACACUCACUUUACCGGUUCGAGAUUUGGACCGUUUCCAUAAGGGAAUUGUACAAGACGGACUUGAACGGGUUGCUUGGACCCCGUCUUGAUGGACCCAGAACACAGCGCGAUGAUCUGUACAGCGAGGUCAUGAGGCUACUAGACGAGCUUCACAGAUUCCUCGGAGACUUGAUGCAGAUUUUGAAUGGCACCCAGCAACAGCGAAGAUGGGUCAAGAGUUCCAUAAACACACCACCAGAUGAUAUGGAUAUAAGCUCUUCCGAAGAUUCAGACAGUGAAUUUGCAGACUACAUCAAAAAGAAUGAGCUGGAAACCGCAGACUCGGAAACCGUCACCGAAUCGAACGAACUAUGUGGGUGUAUUGGGGAUACCAUCACUAGUCUUAUGAGGAUAGCGAUGCAAGUUGACGACUCAGUACUCCACUCCAAGUUUGAUGUUUGUCGACUCAAGAAUGCCGACUCUGUGGAACACUUUUGACUGCUACGAAUACAUUCUGCGUGAU